AUGAACACGCUCAUUGAAGUCGUAGCACUUUUUCUAGGUUUUGUUAGUUGGAUAUUGACUCUUAUAACACUAGAAGAUCAGCACUGGAGGGAAUCCAGUCAAGACGGGAGUGUUAUAUUAACUUCUAAUCUCUAUGAGAACCUAUGGAUGUCUUGUGCAAGUGACUCAACGGGGAACUAUAACUGUCGUGACUUUCCAUCCCUUUUUGCUCUUCCAGGCUACAUUCAGGCCUCCCGAGCACUGAUGAUUGCUUCAAUUGUGUUUGGGUCGUUUGGCCUGGUGGCUACGCUUGUAGGAAUGAAGUGCUCGAAAAUAGGUGGAGAAAACUAUGUUCUAAAGGGGAAGAUUGCUGCAGUUGGAGGAGUGUUUUUUUUACUGCAAGGGCUUUGCACCAUGAUUGCCGUGUCUUGGUACGCAGCAAACAUCACUCAGCAGUUCUUUGACAUUCUCUACCAAGGGACAAAGUAUGAGCUUGGAGAGGCGCUUUAUAUUGGCUGGGCUUCAGCCACGCUUGCCAUUUGUGGAGGCUCGUGCCUGCUGUGUUCCUGCGGAAUUAUGACUGACAGUGAAAAAAUACCGUAUCCACUCCAACCCUCCUCCAGAGGACACGUGCGAACAAGCAACUAUGACAGAAACGCCUAUGUCUAA